AUGUUACUCACUCCGUCUAUCUCACCGCCACCUUCUUUCUCCACGAACAUACCAUCUGCUGACCUAAGAUUGCGGCAGCCUCUCAGCCCUCGAGCGGGUUCCCUCAAGGUCCUGCCCACCUCGAGUACGCUUGUUAGCCCAACACCUAGCACAAAUACAUUGGAAACCCACAGCAAUAAUCCGCUUGAAACCAUCAGAUGUCCAAAGGUGUUCCUGGAUACACCUCACAUCAGCCACACGAUGGCUGGGACGCUUGCCCUCUCGCUCCUGGGACAAAUUCUCUAUCGUAAGAGUCAGAUCCCGUUCCCCGUCGUUCUGCUCUCCCGCAUGCCAGAUGGCCAAUCUGAUUCGCGCACAGCUAGGCGCCGGACGGAACUGCUUACGGCGUAUGACACACUUUGUUCUCAUCUGAACACCACAUUCUCUGCUCUUUCCACGGCGUUUGCGCUUAGCAAGACGGGUGAAAAGAAGAAAACUCAUGAUGCCCACCUUGUGUUUGUACUUGGUCCUAGUAUCGGCGCAGCCAAACAGCGGGUCGUGUUUGUUGUCGAUGGUCUUGAAGUCAAGCUACAGGGAGGACGAGACAACACACGCCAGGUGCUUAGAGGGAUCGAGAAUCUGCAACCGAGGUUUCCGGAAGACGCACCGAAAUAUGAGAGUUCCCGGGAGGAAGGUGGCGGAGAGGAAGAAGAACCCGAUGCUGAGAAUGAGGCGCACGAUGAUGUGAGUGAUGACGAAGCUGGGGAGGACGAGGACGAAGAUGAGGGCGAAGAUGCGUUUGACGGCGACAGCUUUGAUGGAUCUGAUUCUGAGACGUCGGAACCUCCUGUCUCUCGCUCCCCUUCUCCGUCGUCGUCAACCCCGCCUGCUGAACCCACAGCUCGUCCUUCUUCCUCACCAGCAGCACAAUUCCGCGUCUAUCAGCCAUUAGCUAAAAAUGUAUCCUCCACUUCUGCUACUCGGUCUUCUUCUCCAUCGCUUCCACCACCACUCUCUGAGUCUGUAAUAUGGCCUGCUGCCUUUCCACAGAAUACACCUCAUAUUCGUCGGCCAUUGGCUGAACACCUCCCCUCCCCAGCGGCCGCUACUCAGCCGAAACUGCAGCGAGCAAUUGGCCAGACAUACGCGGAAGAGCAGCGCACUCUGCGUGCAGCCGAACGUUCGCUGUCCCAAUCAAUCUUCAAGGCGUGUUCUGAAGACGGUGGGGGACUGACGUGCGAACUUGACCCAAUGCAAACACACAUCCUAUUGCGUGCUCCGCGACGUUUCUUCCACCCAGAAUGGACGCCGCGCCAGACGAUGACGCGUAUGAUGGAUGGCGUCUUGCAGACCUUUGUGGAUGAGGUGUCGGCUCCUGAGACUUCGCCUACCAAGGGGAAGGCGAAGAUGCGGAGAGGUGUGAGGACCGAAGGCGUGUGGAUCGGCUGUCGGGGAUCGACUGCUGGCUCAGGUAUGGAGUGGAACGGAGAUGAGACUGAUAAAGAUGAGGAGGACGAGAUGAUCUGGUGGGAGUGGAAAGGGAAGAUCAUGGGAUUCGCCGACAAAUGA